AUGCUGUCUCUCCUCCUGAUCCUCUCUGGCCUGGGCCGGCUGACUUCUGCAGGCCAGCGUUUUGAAGCGCCACUUCUGCAAAUUACAGUGCCACAGAAAAUUGAGAGAAACACCAACGAUGACGAUGUUUCAGAAACAAAUGUUGCUUAUCUCAUCAACAUUAAGGAGAAAACAUAUACAUUCCUUCUUAAGAAACAGUCAUUUUUACACCCACAUUUCCUUGUGUAUUUAUACAAUAAAUCAGGUAUAUUGUAUCCAGAUUCUUCAUUUAAAAAGGGGCAUUGCUUUUAUCAAGGAUACGCUGCAGAGAUUGCAAGAUCAGUUGCAACACUAAACAUUUGUUCUGGACUCAGGGGAUUAUUAUUUUUGGAGAAUAUCACUUAUGGUAUUAAACCAUUGGAAAUGUCACCUACAUAUGAGCAUAUGCUUUACCAAUUUAAGGAUAAUACUCUUGAUGAUUUCCCCUUUCAAGAAAAUUACUCUGUGUCCCCAAAUGUAGAUAAAUUCCAUGGUAAUCUUUUCAAAUCAGAAAAAAAUUCAGAUGACACAUUAUUGAAAAGAAUUCUGAAAGUACAAAUUAUUAUGGAUAAAGCCAUGUAUGAUUAUAUGGGCUCUGAGGUGGAAGUUGCAGUUGAGAAAGCUAUCCAAAUCUUUGGUCUUAUCAACACUAUGUUUUCCCAGCUUAAAAUGACAAUCAUGCUAUCUUCUUUGGAGCUCUGGUCAGAUCACAGUAAGAUUUCAACAGGCGGGGAUGCUGAUGAAGUACUGCAAAGAUUUUUGUCUUGGAAACAAUAUCCAUUUCAAAGGUUCAAUGAUAUGGCAUACUUAUUAAUUUAUAGGGAAAAUUCUACUUAUAUGGGAGCAACAUAUCAUGGAAUGGCAUGUGAUCCAACAUUUGCAAAAGGAGUUGCUCUGUAUUCAAAGAUGAUAACUUUAGAAGCUUUUUCAGUUGUUAUGGCACAGUUGCUUGGAAUUAAUCUGGGAUUAACAUUUGAUAACAACCACAGUUGUUACUGUCAAGGAACUGCAUGCAUAAUGAAUCCUGAAGCAAUACUAUCACAUGGUGUAAAGUAUUUUAGCAGUUGCAGCAUAGAUGAAUUUAAACAGAUAAUUUUUCAUCCCAAAUUUGAAUGUCUUCUGAAUAAAACUAUUCCAAGAGUGAUUUCCCCCAAACAAGGUGGAGCUUGUGGCAAUGCAAUUUUGGAACCAGGAGAAGAAUGUGAUUGUGGCCUUAAAGAGGCAUGCACUCAUAAAAAAUGCUGCCAUUCUGAAAAUUGCACCUUGAUUGGACUUUCAGAAUGUGGUACUGGGAAAUGCUGUGAUACAAAAACUUGCAAGAUAGCUGAAAGAGGACAUUUAUGUAGGCGAAGUAGAGAUCUGUGUGAUUUUUCUGAAUAUUGCAACGGAACAUCCGAGUUUUGUGUGCCUGAUUUCCGAGCUGCUGAUAUGGAACCAUGUAAUAAUAGGACUGCCUAUUGCCGUUCAGGAGUAUGCCGAGAUCUGGAUAGACAAUGUGUAGAGUUAUUUGGAAAAUUUGCUAAAGGAGGUCCUUACCUGUGUUCAGAGGAAAUUAAUUAUCAAAAUGACAAAUUUGGAAACUGUCAUAGACAAUGCAAUUACAAGUAUGUCCUUUGUGGGAAACUAGUUUGUCAUUGGACACGUGCAGAUAUAGUACCAAUUAAGGACCAUGAUAUUCAGUAUACCUACCUUGAUAACUAUGUAUGUUUAUCUGCGCAUUUAAGAAAUACUUCAAGGAGGGAUCAGACCUAUGUAGAGGAGGGUACAAUGUGUGAGGAAAACAAGGCUUGUCGCAACAUGGAGUGCUUGGAGCUUGAUCGACAUACAGAUAGAUCUCGGUGUAACUCAGACACAAAAUGCCAGGGGCACGGGGUUUGCAAUAAUGCCUUUAAUUGUCAGUGCGAUCCUGGAUAUGCUCCCCCAAAUUGUGACCUGUCACCAUCAUCACAAGGAGGAAGUAUCAAUGAUGGGAACUGGCUGAUUUCAGAACGAAGGAUGCCCCUAUUUGUAGAACAGCAUGUUGCUCCUCAUAAAAAUGGCCUUUUAAUAAGUUUCUACGUUUUUCUACCUUUCCUCAUUUUAACUGCCGUUGUUAUUCUUAAAUGGAAUAAAAUGAAGGGAUUUUGGAAUAGAACAGAAACUAUGAGCAUAAGAUCUAUCUCAGAAGUCAGCAGUAGUAAGAGUGACCAGUCAUAG